AUGGGGAGAUGUGUGUGGAAGCGAGUCAUUGAUGGGCAUUUGCAUGUGCGCACGUUAAUUCUCACGCGACACUCUUGUGCUCUUGUAGGCCUUUUCCUGGUCAUUGGGACCGUGGCGUCACUGCCCAACGAUGUGGAGCUACUCGAUGGUUACGAACUCACGCCUCUGAGUGAUUUUCUACUUUCUCCCGAGGAUGACACCGUCGUGGAGAGUCAGAGUCUCGUGGGGCAUAAGCUGAUAAAGGCUGUCAGGAGCAAAAGGAGCCCAUAUAGGGUUCUCGAAUCUCCUGGAUUGAGGAGUCAUUUCCGUUUGAGUCAAGCUUCGUCAUUCUUGCAAGAUUCUUUGGAAAAUUCCUCCAAGGAGUAUCGUGGAAAAAAUUCCCCACGAAAGCGCCGUGAGUUGGAGUCCGAAGCAAUUGAAGAUAGUGUUGAGAUGAUUGAUCGUACCCCAAGAGGAGCUCUUUCAGGGGAGAAGACUAAAUCCACAGAGGUGGAAAUGCCACCAGAUGUUGAAGAACUCCCACGACCUGAGAAGCAAGUUAUGGAACCGGGUUACUAUCGUCAGGCACGUGGUCACUAUGAAGAUGAUACGGAGGAGGAUUCAGUAGCUGAAGCCAGUGCAAUCAAUGAGGGCAUCAAAGCCCGAGCUCCCAGAGUGAAUUUUAUCACACAGCAGAGGAAUGCCCCUGAGAAGCCUGAAGCACGUGAUCAGAAGCAGAGUAUGGCACGAUCUGAAGAGGUCUACAAGAAGCCCUAUGAGAACUUUGAGGCACCUCGAUAUGUUCCUGACUAUCGUGCGAGGAUUUUAGAGCCUCCACCCAUGCAGUACAAAGGAUACCAGGAUACUUAUGAUAAAUAUCGCAAUCCUGAUUACUAUGAACCCUGGAGAAGGAUGCGUUUCUAUGAUUCCUACAUGUCACAAGCUUUGGUGCCACCUCCUCCAUAUCCAGCCUACAGCAACUACCCUGAACAUCGAUUUGAUAAUACCCCAACUGCCGUGGACAUGAGGGGGUAUCCCGUUUAUCCGACUCCCUAUGUGAAUGACAUCACCUACGCACCUCUGCCACGACCACCGCCACUUCAGAGAAAUCGACGAAUCAUCUACUACGCCAAUCUUCCGGAAGUGGUUCGAUCUCCACCAAAUGUGGAGCUACGCUAUCGCUACAACAGUGACUACUACCCUGCAAUGGAGACCUACAGGAACUUCCGGCAGCGAGAGUACUCAAAGGUGGAUAAUAGCACACCCCAACCAGCGGGAAAGUUGCAAGAGCAGAAAGUGCAGGAUGAUGCUGGAAAAAUUGAGUACACACGGAAUCCGCAAGUGAAGGUAAUUUCUGGACUUCGAAUUCACAGUCAUCAGCAAAACCCACCGGAUUACCGGAAGUACGUCGAUGAGACAAAGAUCAAUGACUUUCCAGUGAGAUAUUGAUGAGGCUGGAGAUUUG